AUGUCCGGUGUUCUAUGUUCGCUAUCUAUGCCUAACAAACGUAAACGAGAUUUAAGUGUACCAAGCAUUAACCUACAACGCAACGGUCACCCUUCAAUGGAUUUGGAGUCAGUUGAUACUAAAAAGUCGCGUGUUGAUCACCGAAUAGAGACACAGCCAUCUCGUGUUGUACAUAUACGAAAUAUGCCUUCUGAUGCAACAGAAAAUGAGAUUGCGCUUUUUACAAUACCAUUCGGUUCACUCAAGAAUAUGGUUCUUUCUAAAAGAAGUAACCAAGCUCUUAUCGAGAUGAAUGUUCUGGAGGAAGCUGCACAACUAGUCACUCAUUACCUGAAAUAUCCUGUUACUUUGCAUGGGAAACACCUGAUCUUUCAGUUUUCUACACAUUCACACCUUGAAUUAGUUUCCGAAAAUGAUGCUGUCGUUAAUGCGAUCAAAAAUGCGAAUCGAGUAGUUCAACAAGAUCUUCCCGGUGUACAAUCCGGUGUCCCUAACACUGUAUUACGUGUAAUCAUAGACAACAUUAUGGGGCAGCAAAUUAAUCAUGUUAUUCUGUAUAAGAUAUUUCAUCGGUUUGGAACCCUUUUACGUGUGUUAAUUUUCCUACGCAAUAAUCAGUAUCAUUGUUUAUUGGAGUUCCAGAAUCAUAUCCAAGCGUUCGUCGCUAUGUUACUCCUCAAUGGUCAGAAUAUAUAUACUGGUUGUUGUUCUCUUCACGUGGAGUUUUCGAAAACCCGAGGACCUCUGGAAGUUCGCCGUGAAAAUGAUAAAUGUCGUGAUUACACCAUUUCACCUCUUACUGAAGAGGAAUUAAAUAGUUUACAAGCAUUACCAAGCGGAGUAAAUACGACUACAGUAAAUCAGACUGUGAAUGCGAUUACUCAACCCACAUUGGGACAGGGUUUGUCUCUAGCUAAUCCAACUGCAGCAUUCACUACUGUUCCUCAAGCCCCACCUGCAGGCAUCAAUGAACUUGCUCUUCAGUUAACUCUUCUUGCUCAACAGUCUGGUCUUGCCUUAACACCGGCUGCAGCCGCAGCUACUGCUAGUUUCAUGGCUUUAACUGCCCAAGGUGGAAAUUCUGCUGUAAACCCAACAUCAGGAAAUAUAAUAAAUGCGGCAGCAUUGUCAACUCAGCGUACUGCCCUGCCGAAUGUCCCAAAUCAGGCACAGAUUGUGCCUACUUUAGUUCAACAGUCUGUACCUAAUAUGGGACAAACUGGGGCUAGUACUGUGUUAAUAGUCUCGAAUCUCAACGAGGAGAAAGUAUAUCCAGAUGCAUUAUUUACACUUUUCGGUGUUUAUGGUGAUGUAACUCGGGUCAAGAUAAUGUUUAACAAAAAGAGUACUGCUCUGGUUCAAUUCUCAGACCCUCAACAGGCACUGACAGCUCUUUAUUAUCUGAAUGGGCAACCGUUGUAUGGAAAACCGUUGAAAAUAGCUGUCUCACGCUUCAAUAUUGUUCAAUUGCCAAAAGAGGAUUCAGAUGUUGGACUGACAAAGGAUUAUACGAACAGUCCACUUCAUCGAUUUCGUAAACCGAAUUCUAAGAAUUUUGCCAAUAUUUAUGCGCCAAAUCAUGUCCUGCAUUUAAGUAAUAUUCCCUCUGCGAUUACAGAGGAAGAAGUUAGAAUGAUUUUUGAAACCAAAGGAUAUCAUGUUACAGAUUUCAAAUUUAUGCAGAAGGAUAAGAAGAUGGCACUGAUUCAACUUGAAAAUGUAGAUAUGGCUAUUCAGGCUUUAAUAGAUCUUCAUAAUUGUCAGCUAACAGAAAAUUCUCAUUUGCGUAUCAGUUUUAGUAAGACUGCUAUAUAAAUACCUUUCAGACCUCGUUGGUUGUCUACCUUUAUUUAACUUUGAUUCCUGGUACAUAAAAAUACAUUUUAUAUAAAAACCAA